AUGGUGCUUUCUGGUCAGAUAUUUCAAGAACGAAUAGCAUUCAGAUUUCAGGUUUCGUGGGUAAGACAACGUGAUCUACACAUACUCACCGUAGGAAGGUAUACAUAUACCAGUGACCAAAGAUUUACUUGUAUCCACCUGGAAAACUCCGAUAUAUGGACAUUGGAAGUAAAAUAUACACAAAAACGUGAUGCAGGUAUUUACGAAUGCCAAGUCAGCACCGAACCAAAGAUGAGUCUAAGCAUUAUGCUAAACGUCGUAGUGGCUAGAGCCAGUAUACCAGAAGGACCAAAUCUUUACAUUCAGAGCGGUAGUACUAUUAAUUUGACUUGUAUCAUCACAGAAAGCACAACUCCUCCAGUUUUUGUCUUCUGGUACCACGAUGAUCGCAUGAUCAAUUACGAUUCUACAAGAGGAGGGAUUAAAGUUACGACAGAGAGAGGACCAACGACAGUUAGUAGAUUACAAAUACACAAUGCCAAACCAUCAGAUUCUGGAAAGUAUUCGUGUAUGCCCUCUUAUGCUGAUCCUGCAAAUAUCACCGUUCAUGUUUUAAAUGGUGAGAAACCUGCAGCAAUGCAACACGGAAGACAGACAAACUGCACAAACUGCAUACCGACAACACAACUGAUAAUCAUACUUUUAUUGAAUUGGUUCAGUGUCAUCGUUCACAGAUAGUGUGCCUUGGACCAAAAUAUGGUGCAGGAGCUGGAGAAAGAACUCUGCAGUGUGGAUACAGUCCCAGUUUCUCAUAAUCCUGGUCCUGGGGUAAAGAAACGAUUAUCAAACAUCUGCAGGCCAAAAUAGUAAAAGAAAAAAAAAACAAAAAGUCGUUCGGAGCUAAAAAUAUAAAAGAAAAAUAUAUUAAAAUAAAUAAAUAAAUACAUAAAUAAGGACAUCAAUAAAGGAUGACAUGAAUAUUAGUGAUGUGAAUUCAACUGCAGUAAUGACUUAUAUAGUAAAAAAAAAAUUGUGCUGUUUCGUUAGAAUUCGUGUGAAUGCUGUGAUCUGUGGAAAAAUUAACUAUGAAGACGAAAGAAUCCUGAUAGAAAAAACAAAAAAUCAGUUUGAAAUCGUGAAAGUAAUUAGUAUAUAAUAGAGAAUAUAAGAAAAUUUUAUGUUUAAUUUUAAAAAAAAUGAAAAAAAAAUGUUUCGCGAGAUAUGUGAAAAUUCGUGGAUAUUUGGAUAUAUUUUAUUUGUUUGUCUUUUUGUUGCUUAUUUUUCUUUAAAUAUUUUAAAUAGAAUAUUUCUUUUUAUUCAAAUGUUU